GCGAAGGUGGUUGCCGAUACCUGGUGGAUGAUCUUCCAUAAACAUGGGUAAAGGAAAUAGUAAGCUCAAGGGAGAAGUUGUUGCAAAGCUCGCCAAGGAAACUUACUUCACAGAAAAAGAAGUCCGCCAGUGGUAUAAAGGUUUUCUUAAAGACUGUCCAAACGGUCAACUGACAGAGCAGGGUUUCCUGCGAAUAUACAAACAGUUCUUCCCACAAGGAGAUCCUUCAAAAUUUGCCUCUUUAGUAUUUAGAGUCUUCGACGAAAAUAAGGAUGGUGCAAUCGAGUUCGAAGAAUUUAUUCGGGCGCUUUCGGUGACGUCACGAGGGAGCUUGGAAGAAAAGCUUGUCUGGGCAUUCAAACUGUAUGACGUCGAUAACGAUGGUUACAUUACGAGAGAAGAAAUGUAUAGCAUUGUAGACGCCAUCUAUCAAAUGCUGGGUAGUCAAGCCAAAGUGGAAGAUUCGGAAGAUGAUCCCAAAAAGAGAGUAGACAGGAUUUUCGAACAAUUGGACAAAAAUCACGACAACCAGCUUUCUUUAGAGGAAUUCAAAGAAGGCUCGAAACAUGAUCCGAAGAUUGUUCAGGCAUUGACGCUGUACGCUCCUUAACCGCUCCUCUUCUUUUUUCCUAGCGUUCCACCAGAAGCACAAGAAGACACUCCACACAGACUCUUCGCACAUAUCACUCCCCCCUCAAUCGUUUCGCAA